GUGUGGAGCGCGCACGCGUGCCAAACUGCGUGGGAAUGGCUGUUGGUGCGAUGGAGGGGGUUGGGCCGAGCACUGCGAGCCGAGCGCUACAUGAGUUUGUAAUGUCCGCCAUGUUGGCCAUGGCGCAUUGAACCGGGGAGGGAGAGCGGAGCGCCAGAGGAAACGAGACCGACACAGAGCCACCGAAACGCGGGCCCGCCCGGCUCUGCUCGCGCUGCCACGCACCCGAGCCUAGCCCCGACCGACCCGAGCGCUCCAGGACACCGAGCCGGAUCCAUCCAUGAGAACUAGAGGCAGAAUUCCUCGCAGAUAGACUAGAUUUAUGCUGCAUCUUUUUAAUAUAUCUUUUAAAAAAUGAGUAAAUUGUCGUUUCGGGCGCGGGCGCUAGAUGCUAGUAAGCCCCUGCCCGUCUUCCGCUGCGAGGAUUUACCGGACCUGCACGAAUAUGCUUCGAUCAACCGGGCAGUGCCGCAGAUGCCGACCGGGAUGGAAAAGGAGGAGGAAUCGGAGCACCAUCUCCAGAGGGCCAUCUCGGCGCAGCAGGUCUACGGCGAGAAGCGCGACAACAUGGUCAUCCCCGUGCCCGAGGCCGAACGCAACAUCACGCACUACGAGUCCCUCUACCCCGGGGAGUUCAAAAUGCCAAAGCAGCUUAUUCACAUACAGCCUUUCGGUUUGGAUACGGAGCAGCCAGACUACGACCUGGAUUCGGGGGACGAGACUUUUGUGAAUAAGCUAAAGAAGAAAAUGGAAAUUACCGCACUCCAGUUUGAAGAAAUGAUUGACCGUUUGGAAAAAGGAAGCGGGCAGCAGUUUGUCAGUCUCCAAGAGGCGAAGCUGCUUCUAAAAGAGGACGACGAGCUGAUCAAGGAAGUGUUUGACUACUGGAGCCGCAAGAGAAAGAUGUGCAAAUUUGGCACCUUCGUCUCCAACAUCAAGCAGGAGAAGAGGGACGGCUCCAGCACCAGCGACCCCUACGUGGCCUUUCGCAGACGGACGGAGAAGAUGCAGACUAGAAAGAACCGUAAGAAUGACGAGGCGUCCUACGAGAAGAUGCUGAAGCUUCGCAGGGACCUGAGCCGCGCCGUCACCAUCCUGGAGAUGAUCAAGAGGAGGGAGAAAAGCAAGAGGGAAAUGCUCCACCUCACGUUGGAGGUUGUAGAGAAGCGAAACAGCAUGCCCGACUUCGGCUGCGAGGUGAUGGCGGAGGCGCUGGCCCAGCAGGCUCUUGUCAAACCCGUCUACACCAUUCCCAUCAUUCCCAGUGCCAACCAGUACCGACACCAGGACCACUUAGACAUGAAUGACUACAAGAAGCAGGAGAAGACGGAAGUGGUGCGAACUAAAAGGAAAUAUGAAAAGAAGCCCAAGAUCCCGCCUCUGUCGGCAGCGCAUCACUCGGGACACUCGGUGUUUAAUCUCAAGGACCUCAACCAGUAUGACUUUCCCAGCUCGGACGAUGAACCUUUUUCACAGAUUCAUUCAGGUUCUUCAGAGGCCGAAGAGGAGAGCGACCCAGAUGGCUGCUACGCAUUCAGGAGGAAGGCCGGCUGCCAUUACUACGCUUCAAGCACCGGCCGGAGCGCCGGCUGGCCAUGGGUGAGUCCGCUGGAGGGCGGGCUGGGGAAUCCGCGUUUCCGCUACUGCCUGACUUCCCUGAAUACGCCGCGGCGGUGCAUCGGCCUGGCUCGACGCCGGGUGGGGCGAGGAGGCAGAUUCUUACUGGAUCGAGCGCACGCCGACGUGGACGCCGUCUGUCACUUCUUGGACUCGGACCCGAAACCUGAUUCUCUCUUGUCACUUCCAAACUCUCCGCUCCGCAACUCCAGUACCUCAGAACCCAAUACCUCGGACCCCGUCAGCUCUUCCCGCCCUCUCUCCACGUCCUCGUCAUCCGGCGAGAAUUUGGACCUGAACCGGAUUCUUUUGAACAUAAAAUCAUGCCGCUGGAGACAUUUCCGACCACGGACACUUUCCCAGAAUGCUUUGGAAACAGGGGACUCACCACUAAAAGGAUUUGCGGAUUUUAGUCGGACCGUGUCAGGACUAACUCGGCGCUUGUCCGGAGGAUCCGUCUCACAGAAUCGACCCGGUCCAGCCACACCUGUUAAAAUGUUCACGGCGGAGCAGUACCAGCAGCACCAAGAGCAGCUGGCCGUCAUGCAGAAGCAACAGCUGGAGCAGAGUCAACAUCAGCAGAACCAACAACAGCAAAAGGACAAACAACAGCAGCAACAAAAGGAGCUAAAAGAGCAGCAGCGUCCUCAAAUCCAACACGCCAACAACUCCUUGAGCGUGGCUAGCCCGCUUAUCAGUCAGGUUUUGGUGUCCAAGACGCUGGACCAGGCUACCGCUCAGUUCGCCGCUUCAGCCCUGGUUACGGCCGACCAGCUGCUGGCCUUCAAGUCCAAAGAAGAGCUGGUGCUGGCCGGCGGAGUGAACGGCGUUCUGGGAGCAGGUGUCUUGAAGGGUCUGCAUCUGUCCAGCACAGCCACAGCGCUCCACCCGUCGCCCGCUUCGGCGGCCCCCGCGUUCCAGCCGGCCGGCACCAACGCUGUCCCUGUCUCCCUGGCGGCCGCCCCGGGCAACCACACGGCACUGGGUCUGUUGGGGUGCGGGACUCCCGGCGCCACUGCCUCAACUCAGGUCUUGAUCGGGAACAACAUCUGUCUGAGCGUGCCCUCGGCUGCCAACCUGGCGGGUCGCCACCUGCCCCGCGCCCUGCCGCCCUCUGCCUUAAAACUGGCCGCCGCCACCAACCUGCAGAAGCCCAAAGUCUCGGCCACGCCGGCCUUGGACAUCAACUCCAGGGAGAAGCGCGAAGAGGACAAAUCGUCACUGAGCAGCAUAGCCGACAACACAGUGGCCAUGGAAGUUACGUAGUGGCGGCAGAGGACGGCGCCAUUUUGUUUUUGUUUUUUUAUUUUCAAGGUGCUGUGCAUCGUAGCGUCUUUUUCCCCAAAAAAAAGAAGGGGGGACGGCAAGCAGGUCGUUCUUUUUCGAACGCGUUUUUUUGUUUGUUUUUGUCAAGGUGUACAUUGUGCAUAUGUGUACAGUAAGGACCGGUUUGUACAUACCACUUGAAUACACGACUGUCCGUUUGUGAUGUUUUGCACUUGGAGCGAAAAAGAGGAAGGUAAAAAAAAAAAAAAGGUGAGCGAAUGAGUUGUAUAGAGAAGUUUUAUCACGUGCAUGGUGCGAGUCGCUGCUGCUUUGAUUCUAUUUAUUGUGCCGUGUUUACACUUGUUUUUGUUUUUUUUGUUUUUUUAUAUCGGGAUUUCUUAUUUGUACACUGUACCUUCGUUUGCUUCCCGUGCUCUUCUCGUACACGUCAUUACGAACCCGUCGGCCGCCAUCGACGGCGAUAAGACGUCAAUGGGAGCCGACGGGCGAAAGAGGGAUGAAGUAUCUUCCCGGAAGCCUUCGCCGCUUCGUUUUAAAGCACUAUUUUUGUGAUUUUUCGCGUUUCCCGUCGAUUGACUUUUUAAUAACGACGAUGCUGCUUUUUGUAUUUUGGGUUGGAAGGGGAUCGUCCUGAGUUAUUUCAUGCAACAAGCCUCAGUUUGAUUUCAUUUUAUUAUUAUUUUUUUAAUCCCACCGACUUUUUUGUAUUAAGAGUUAUUUUUGUAUUUUGUUCUUGUGGUAAAAUGGAUUGUAAGCUUUUAAGUGUCACCGUUGGGUUCGUUUCAAGCAUCGAUAAAGGGAGGGGAGUGUUUUAUCAUUCCGGGGGGAAAAAAGCAGAAUUAAGGGGAUGAUGACCCCUUCUUUUUUUUU